AUGGCAGAUUUCCCACGGUUAUUGCGCACAUUGCUUCUUGACUUCUUGACACGUCUUCUUUUCACGUUGUCGAAUCCGGGAUCCUGGAGCACGUUCUCAUCUGCUGCAGCCACUACAGUCAUCCAAAACAUCAUCACCGAACUGCUCAUGCCGCUUCAAUGUCCCAGCUCCUUGUCGCUGACACUACUGAUUGUGCUGCAUAUCAGUCUUGUUCAGUUGUCGCUGCAGAUAACUCAAAUGCUGUCAGCUUUUAGAGUGUCUAUCCCCGGUUCUGCGAAUGAAACAAACGACCUCAAUCCAAGUUGGCCUGGAAUCUCUCUAAGCUUUGAAGAUCCCACUCUUUGGAACAAUCUUAUCGCCGCUUUUGGCCAGGAACAAGUCUUGGCUCUGCCGCACAACCAUUUGACAAGGAGGCAUUGCUACAGUGCCACUUUCCCUUAUAUCGUAUUUAAGCCAUUGAACAACGCUGAGAAUACUGGUAUCGCUGCUACACAGGAGAGCUGCAGAGCUUUUUGCGAGAACGAGAUGAUGCAAUAUUCAAUGCAGCUUUCCGCCGAACUGCGACAGCCUGUAGCUUCUGAUCGCAGCAAAUGUUUCCAAGAUCAGUCGUUUGCAUUCGAAGUGCAAGAAAGCAUUCAUCAUCACGCCGGAGCCUCUUGUGCCAUUUCAGCGGCAGAGAAUCGUGGUCAGUGUCCUUAUGCGCCUUCGACAUGUGCUUGUCGUGUGGUUGUCCGGUUGAAAUGA